UUCACGACACAUCAUCGUCAUCACCAUGUUAUUAAUGCUAAACAGUGCAGGACGCUGCGGCCAUAGUACUACAACAGUCGUGACGCUGUCGGUCGCCGUUCUACUGACCGUCGGACAAGUUCAAAACCUUAAGUGCAGAACGGUGGACCACUCCAGGCGUCAUGGGGAGUUUGUCGACAUAGCUGAACAGUGCAGUAACACGACUUCAGGCGACCGGCCGGCGGCGGUUGACGGCGAUUAUUCUACUUACACGUCCAGCAGCGACAACGAUAGUCGGUGGAACGGAGACGGACGGCGGAACAACAAUCGCGAGUUUAGCGUAAGCCGUCAAGACUUCAGCCAUAACCGCGGGGGCGGCAGCGGCAGUUACGACCGCGACCCGCCGUCGUGCAGCGAAGUCCGACCGCAACAAUAUUCGGGGAAUCCAGGUAGCCGAUCGAAAAACCAUCGGCAAGGAAACUAUCCAAGUGUCGAUUACGAUGCGGGACAAUCCAAUUUCAACCACAGACAACCACAGCCAACGAGACGAUAUCGCAGGGAUGUUAGCAAUGAUAAAAAUAAACGUCAAAAGGCGGCGGUAACUGGCAGUAAUAGCAGAUUGUUGGGGAACAAUCGUUUCAGAAACUUGACGAAAAUUGGAGGAAGUCAGUCGGGCAAAGGGACCUUCCUCGACAAAAUGGACGCCUGUACAAUACAUUGCGUGUUCAAUGAAUUAGAAAUGUUAAACUCAAAUUCUCGUCCGGACAAACAUUCAAUAGUAAAUAUAAUGACCAAUCAAAUAAAAGACGUCGAACUGAAGGAAUUCAUACAGGACUCCAUCGACGAAUGUUUCGACGCCCUCGAGCUGGACUCUCAUAACAACAAAUGUGAAUUUUCAAAAAACUUUGCAGUGUGCAUGGAGAAUAAAGCUCAAAGAAAUUGCGACGAUUGGGAUGAAAACUUGUCCACGAACAAAAUUAACUCUGCCGGCUUGCAAGACGGAAACAACCAGCAAGACAAAAGAAAAGGAUAUUAAAAAAGUUUCUUCGUAGAAUUAAUAUUAAUGCCAUUGAUUAAGUUAUUUAAACAAUUUAUUAAACGUUUAAAAUUCGACAUUAUUCUGUUUAUAUACAUAAUAAUAAUAUAUAUUGUGGUGCAAAACGAAUUUCCCUCGAACGAUUGACGCGUAUACAGUCGCAAUUCCCAACUUUCCAGCAGCUGCACUAGAUAGCAGAUAAGUAGCGUACUUUACAUGCAAAUACGCGUAAUAAAAUAUUUUCAAAUAUACCUAGUUUCUAAUCAUAUUCACAAUGUUUAUAAAAAAUGCUUAUAAAUAUUAAAUACACAAUCAUAUUCUUGAUACAGAACAUAAACGCUAUUCAUGCUAUACGCUUAGAAAAUUGAUUACAUUUUCCACUCAAUAUAUGUGUGAUAUUGAGUGGCUAUGCCUAUAAAUAAAGUUGUCGAAACAUAAGCAAAA